CCGGGAAAUCAUCAACGGUUUUCCGCCGCGCGAGCACGUACGUCGCGUCGUACAAGUUUCGGAGCGACGUUAAUCUCGUCCGUCUUGCGUCUUCGAACACGAUUUUUAAAAAAGUUUCUCAACCUGUGUGCAGUGAACAUUAAGAAUUUACUUGUUUUGUGGGAUGUUUGUGAUUUUUUUGUGUUUCUCAAAAGUUUUGUUGACACUUAUACUUAUUGGAGUCCAUCAAUCAAGCCCCACUCUACGAGGACAAUUGAGACAGGCCGCGAACAUCUGUAGCACUUAUCAUGUCCAACUAGACUAUUCAAUGUCCAUCUAAGAAUGACAAUCCCGGAGUAAACUUCAGGACAGAGAUAGAAAUAAAUCUGUUAUCAAUGAACGACCUAAAUUACAACGCAGGAAUGAGUUCCUACCAAUUCGUGAACUCCCUGGCGUCCUGCUAUGGGAACCAGGUUCCUGGACGCACGGGUACGCCUGUGGAACAGUCAGGGCACCCUGGAUUGCCAACGCCUGGAGCGGACUAUUACAAUCCAAAUGCCAGCGCGUCAUAUCCAAACACUUGUUAUUCACCACCGCAAGUUGGCCACCAUUAUCCUCAACAUCCAUAUGCGACGCCAGCAGCAGGAGCUCAUAUGCAGCCACAAACUAUGAUUGAUUACACACAACUACAUCCACAAAGACUGGGUACGACAGCGAGCCAUGUGCACCAACAUUCAAAUCCGAGCCCUGGAGCACUGUCUCCGAAUCUUAUGUCGACGCCACCCAGUCAAGCUACGAGUGCUAGUUGUAAAUUCGCCGAUUCAACCUCCACAACAGGAAUAGCAUCACCACAGGACCUUUCCACAUCCUCGGGCCCUGGUAGAACAUCACCGGGCUUUGGAAAUGUUGGCAAUGCAGCCGGCACUACGAGUACUAAGCUUGGUUUGACUACUCCAAUCGCUUCUCCGGUUGAGCAUAAAGCGAAUAUAAACCAAAACAUUUCGAGCCCUGCAUCUAGUACUUCUAGCAAUGAGAGCAAUGAAGCAAACAAUUCUAGUUCAAGUAAUACGAAGAACGCGAAAUCUUCUGGCAGUACGCAAGCGAAUCCUCCGCAGAUUUACCCUUGGAUGAAACGAGUUCACCUAGGCCAAAGUACAGUCAAUGCGAAUGGAGAGACGAAACGCCAAAGGACGUCAUACACCCGGUACCAGACGCUCGAGCUCGAGAAAGAGUUUCACUUCAACCGGUACCUGACGAGGAGGAGACGGAUCGAGAUCGCGCACGCGCUCUGUCUAACCGAGCGCCAAAUCAAGAUCUGGUUCCAGAACCGGCGCAUGAAGUGGAAGAAAGAACACAAAAUGGCAUCGAUGAAUAUCGUUCCAUACCAUAUGAAUCCGUACGGCCAUCCUUACCAAUUCGACCUUCACCCGAGUCAAUUUGCGCACUUGUCAGCAUAGGAUCAGUGGAAUUUUUCGAAUAGUGGAUAACUGAUUUACUAACCCUAUUAGUCUGCCGUUUUAAGACGGAGUUGUAUGUAACAUCACACUAGCAUAAUGUGAUGUUACAGCAACUAGACUAGAUCAGUUAUUCGCUGUUCGAAAAAUUUAUUUAAACUAAUUUGUUGAAAGUUGUUGUUGUGACAUUCAGUGACACUCAAAAACAAAAUGUGUUCGUGCUGAAAUACAUAAGUGUAAAAGAGUAAGGAAGAAGACAAAGGACAUCCAAUAGUGAAACAUUUUAAUUACAAUCUGUACAUAAUCCAUAUUUUUAAAUACUUAACUUGCAGCUAGCUAUGUUAAACAAAUAACUUAGAAUCAACAUGAACGUGUCAAAUUGUUGAUUUAGAAAGAAAUUUGCCUAGUCAUAAGCUAUAAAUUGAUGCGCAUUUUAUUCCUAAAAUUGUAAUAUAUAAACAAAGUAUGAAUAAUAGUGUAAAUUGUGAUGGCUAGUUAGAAUAUAGGAUAGGAGUGUUUGUUAGAUUUCAAAUAUUAAAAGUAUCAAGCAACAUACAAACAUAACGACAUAGUUAAAAGUAAUUGUGUAUAGAAUAGCUGUCGCGCAAAGUAACAAAUUCGGAAAUGUACAGGGAUAAGAUAAACUUUUGGCGAAUUCAAAACGAAAUUAUAACUAUUGAAAUAACGAAUCAUUUUUACUGAAACCAUUUAAUUACUUAACGAUAUAAUGAUGUUAUAGAUUAGCAAGGGCUUGUAAGACGCUGUGAACUUAAUUACAGGAUAUAAGCUCAGUUAAUUUAGAAAACUGUGAAUAAUUACUUAUUUCUUCCUAAUUUGUAAAUAUGAAAUAAAAUAGCAUUAAAAUAUCUGAAAAAGUUUAAUAUAUAUCAACAUGAUGUCAACUUUUUCGAUGAACUGUUUUAUGUUCCUGUUCUUAGUUGUAAAUAACAAAUAUGUAAUAUGAAUAUGAUUAUAAAAUCAUGGUUAAUAGCAUUAUAAUUUAGAAUAAUAUCUACAAAUAGUUUUAAAAUAUGUCCACCAAUGAUACCAACUUAUUGAUUCAUAUGACUAAUGCGUACUUUAAAAUCUUUAAUGUCGUAUUUGUAAAAUGUACUUAAAAUAUAAAAUUAGUGGGUAAAGAUUUUUUAAUUUCUUCUCUUAAAAAGUAUUUUAGUGUACAUCUAUUAAAUUUUUAUUAUUCUUCCAUUAGUUCUGCAGUUUCAUAUAAAAUUAAAGCUUAAAGUUUUGUUAGAAUCUCUUCAAUGUCGUGGUCAGCUGUGAUAUUUUGUUAAAAUUUAUUCUUAAGUGAAACAUAUUUUUGAGUUUCAUAUUUAAAAUCUGAUGGUGUGGUUGUAUGAUUUUCGAUUUAAUUACGACUUUUACCUGGUUUCAUUUGUUGCUUUAUUUAUUGUUUGUAAAUAGUAGGUUUUGUCACAUAGUGUUAAACAAAUAAUUUCCGAAUACCCAUUAAUGAGAUGCUCAUGUUUUUGUUCAAGAACAUUUUCUACAUUGUAAAUUAUGUUGUGCAAUAGGAUGUGGCCUAUUAUUCGAACUGUCUCUAUUAUUUCCUAUUUUGUAUAAUAUUGUUUAUUUACUUGUGUUAUUUCUUUCUAAUUAAUAAAUAUAAAUAUCUUUAUCGUUCAUUCCAGUUAAAUGAGAGCUCUAGUGAAGUAUGCUACAUGAUCAUUUAAAUUAUUAUAUUGUAUGAAUAAAAUGUAUUAUUAAAUUUGAGAAAA